GCACGUACCAUUAACCCACCUCACAACCCACUGGACUAAAUGGAUCUGCUGCCAACGCACUGGUGCCAGACACCACAGGACACUCCCAGAGAUCCUGUGUCCAUGCCUCGACAGGUCAGAGCCAAGUCCGAUCCAAGAAGGCCCCACCUUGGAUUAUGGGUACAUCUGGGGUACGGCCACAUCACAAGAAUCCUUGAGCAGACUGGGACCUGGGAAAUUUGGAAGCCAGGUUGACACAUUGAGCUCUUUGUCAUUUCUAAACAGUUUUUGUAGUGUGGCAUGGUACCUUUUCCUGCUGGGGGGCCACUGCCAUUGGGGAGUGCUGUUGCCAUGAGGGGGGAACUUGGUCUGCAAUGGUGUUUGAGUGGGUGGAACAUGUCAGGUGGUAUCCACAUCUGUCUGUUAAAUGCAGUGGGUUAAAACUAAAUUAAACAUAACUUUUUAAAUUCAUGUGAAUAUUUAAGUAAAGUACAGAGAACGCCAGUUAUUUUCCAUCACUGCUAGUUUAUAAAGUACCUUCCCUAAUGGUUUUAGUUUUUCCUAAUGGUUUUCAUCUUUUAGGGGGAUUUUUUCCCUUUAAGGCGGACUGGGUGGAGUUACAGUAACGUGCUCGGGGUGCUGCAUGCAUUUAUAAGGAGAUGUGGAAACCCGCGUCACGCUGACAAAACGAGUUUCACCUCCCGGUGUUGUUGACAGAGGAGGGAUGUUGCACAUGGUUCAGUUUUGACUGGGAGACUGGCUACUACCAUACAGAUACAUUAUCUCACAGUGUACCGAAACAAGACGACCGAGCCGGCUUUACGUGAUGGACAAGUAGUCUGCGGUUUAACGGCCACUCUUUCUCAGAGUGUGUAUAGGUGUAGAAUGACAGUCAUGCUGCUGUAUUAAUAAUCUUUCUGCUGGCGAGAAUGAAGCCGUGAUGGGUUUGAGGAAGCCGACUGGUGCUCAGAUACAAAACAGACCUUCAUGCUUUUUAGGAACACAACUUCUGCCACAACAUGGCCGCGAGUCAGAAUAACUACUGGGGACAGCAUGACCUGUACAGAGAGUGCUUUGGCCUGAGUGCCGACAUCGAACACAACCUGACGGAACUUCAACAACAGCAAAUGGCCAAGGACUUUAACUGCAACAUCUCUCUCUCCCAGUCUCCUUUCUACUCUGAUACGCACCGCCUAGCGUCUGAUAACACACCGCGACCCCAUGAGGGAGACCAGGUGGUGCCUUCCUCCCAGAGACGCACAGUAUUUGGGGGCCACCAGAGAGAAACCAAACCCCUGCCUCCUCUCCCUGACCCUGAGGAGCUCAUGUCAGAUGAGGCAGCAGACAGCGAGGUGGAGUUUUUCACCAGUGACCGGCGGCGCCUUUUGCCCAAAAGCUGCCCCAAGGCCAUGUGCAGGGGUGUGAACAGAGACUUUGGCCAAGUGAAUUACGCUUACCAGGAGAGCUCGUUGCGGGCUGGUGGCGCUGGGACUGACUCCAUUGCUUUCUCUUGGCCAGGCAGACAGGACAGACCAACAGGUAGAGGAAGUGGGUUUUGGGCACUAGCUCUCCAGAGAGAGGACCACCAGCGUGUGGUGUCACCAGUCGGGGAUAUGGUGUGUAGCAAACAACCAGACCAACACCAACCAUCCAGACUAAGGUUUCCCUCUUCAGGCCAGGCUUUCCAGCCUCCCGGCAUUACAACCUGCCCCACUGACAAGCCGCAAAUCCCUCCCCGUAUCCCCAUCCCGCCAAAACCUCCCGCUCUCUUCAGGACUGUGAGUGCCAACGAGGAAGACAAGCCUCCGAAAAUUCCUCCAAGGGUCCCCUUGAUCCCACCCUGCCCACCACGUACCCCAAGCCCCAAAAGCCUUCCAAUAUAUAUCAACGGCGUGAUGCCUGCCACACAGAGUUUUGCUGCUAACCCAAAAUAUGUGAGUAAGGCAUUGCAGAGACAGCAGAGUGAAAGGGCGCCACCCGCAGCUCAGUUUUCUCCCUGCAUUGUUCCCAUUUUGAAGGAUGGCAGACAGGCCAGCGCCACACACUAUAUCCUCCUGCCGCCGGGCCGACCAGCGUACUCAGACAGACGAGAAAGACUUCGGAGUGAACCGACCAGAACAGGAAACAGCAGCAUCUGGCAGAACAGAUAGAAACUCUCGUUUAUGUCUCAAACUUGAUGAGUAAAAAACUGUGACUGACAUUAAUAACCAUGUGAUACACUAUUGCACACAGUGUGUGAAAACAUCUACAUGCUACAUUCACAUUUCUAAUGUUACUGUCAAUGACUGAUGUAUUUUAAGAUCACUUAUGUCACUCAACACUGUGAGGAUUUUGUCUGUUUUUAACUGAACAUUUUACCGGUCAGUAUUUUAGCGACGUGGAAAACAUCAUAACAUUCCAGUAUUUUUCACUAAUAGUGGAGAAAUAUUUUCACUUUGGUUUACUACAGUUAUCUCACAGGGAACAUGUCUCAUCACUCAUUAAUUUUUAAGUCUGACAGCUUUAUGUUCAUAUCAAUAAUCCUAUAUUCUUUACAAGAGAGUUAAAUAAUUACUGUAUGUACAAGCUGGGCUUGUACCAAACUGUCCAUCCCAUCCCAUGUGCAUUUCUUUUUUAUGACAAUGCUGCUUGAAAUGUUAAGUAAGAUGUUUUGAUAGAUUUACUGUUUUGCUUAAUGAUUCUCACAUUUAGAUUUAUGGUAAAUUGAACAAUGAACAAUGUGGCUGGUUGAUAUUAAGACACACACAACCAACAUUUAACUCACUCAUGCAGGCUCUUUGUGCAGAUGCACUUCAUUUUUCUUAUGCAGCUUUCAAAUUUACACCAAGCUACAUCCUUACCUGCAAAAUACUCGACAUUCUCAUAUAAGCAUUGACUCUUGCAUCAUAUUUCUAUGCUUGUGAGCACAAAGGAAAAUUCUGUGAGCCAAACACAAACAGAAGAGCAGCCCUGCCACCAGAACACAUGACUGAAACCUGCGGCCACCCUUAAAUUAAUUGACAGGUCUUUUAACGCAUAUGAACUACACACGUCAACAAGCAUAUGUUUUUGGUUUUCUGAUACAGUAGAGUUUGUAUACUAAAGUAAAAGAAGCCUUAAUUUUCUGUUCUGAUCAGUUGAAAAACUUUUAAUCAUUAUGAUAAAUUGUUUCCAUUAUGUACGUGCAUUUAGCUCAGUGUAUAUAUGGUCAGCAAAGUACAGAUUGGGCCUUUAAUGAUUCUUUAUUGAUGUGUGUGUUGGGGGGGGGGGCAUGGAAACCAUGUUACGUUUACACUGUUGAGGUCCAGACCCCCGUUUACAACCUUUGUUACAUCAACAGGCUGGAAGUUCUCAUUAAGAUUCUGUGUCAGAUUCGGCCAAAGCAAAGGCUGUUUGUAAGUUCAUGAUGUUGUUUGUGUCAAAAGUAAAUCAUUGUAAAAUUGUGUUUUUAAUCUAUUUAUAGAAAUAAAAUAACUUAUUCGUCCUA